UCCCGCUCCAUGGAGGGGGCUAACGGGGCCGUGCCCGAGGGCGCGGCUGAGCAGCCCCGCGGCCCCGCGGCCGCCCCGUCGGGCAGGAAGGAGGUGAAGGUGGUGAUCGUGGGCGAUGGAGGCUGCGGGAAGACGUCGCUGCUGAUGGUGUACGCCAAGGGCUCCUUCCCCGAGCAAUACGCGCCCUCUGUUUUUGAGAAGUACACAACGAGUGUGACGGUGGGGAAGAAGGAGGUCACCCUGAACCUGUACGACACCGCAGGGCAGGAGGACUACGAUCGGCUGCGGCCGCUUUCUUACCAGAACACCAACGUUGUGUUAAUUUGUUACGAUGUCAUGAACCCCACUAGCUAUGAUAAUGUAGCAGCCAAGUGGUACCCUGAAGUGAACCACUUCUGCCGGGGUGUCCCGCUCGUGCUCAUCGGCUGCAAGACCGACCUUCGGAAGGACAAGGAGCAGCUGCGCAGGCUCAGGGCUGCCAGGCAGGAGCCCAUCACCUACAACCAGGGUGAGGCAGCUUGCAAGGAGAUUAAUGCACAAAUUUACCUGGAAUGCUCAGCAAAAUGUCGUGAGAACAUAGAAAAUGUUUUUAAAGAAGCCACAACCAUUGCACUGAGUGCCAUGAAGAAAGCAAAGGGCCACAGGAAACAGAAAGUGUGCUCAGUGUUAUGAUCUGGACUGCAUGAGAGCCAAGUGAUUGAGAUUUUAGAGAAGUUUCACUUUAAAAACUUUUUAAAAAAAACAUGUUUGUAUUCCUAGGAUAAUUUUUAUUUUGAAAUUUUAAUUAUUUUUAGUAUUUUUUGCACUUUUGUUACACUGUUCUCACAGAGUUUUCAAAGCUGUUUAUCACAGUUAAAUCAUGCUGCGUGCCUUCACCCAUCUGGCUUUUGCUUCUAAGUGUGAACAACUCACUAUUUAAACUGCAAUGAACAGCAACUGCUACUAUAUAA